AUGGACAAGGUGCUGCCCGUGGUCGGUGGCCUGGCUGGCCUAUGGACAGCGUCCAAGAUCAUCCCAGUGAUGUACCGUUGGGAGCUCAUCCCUGGUGUUGCAUCAGAGGAGUGGUGGGCCCGCGCCAAGACUAUUCGCUAUGACCACUACACGGAGGGCAUCGUCUACUCCCCCUACGACACCGGUGAGCCCAUCCGAGAGAUGCCCGAGGAGUGCCGAGGCAAGAUGCUCUUGAAGCAAAGGCGCGGAGGUUGGAAGCUGCAAAGCGAGAUGGAGGAGUAA